AAGGAAGGAAGAAGGGAGAAAGGAGGGAGAAAGGAGGGAGGGGCGGUCCCAGUCCCGCUCGGCUGAGGGGAGAGGAGGGCGAGGACGGGGACGAGGAGGAGGGGGCGCAGCCGGCGGGACCAGAGCGAGACAAUGGCGUCGGCCUCCCCUCAGCGCCUGAGCCGGGAAGCCCGCGCGAGUUUUUGCCGCUGGGCGACUUUGGCGGCGGCGGGCCUGCUGCUGCUCCGCCUGGAAGCCGCCUCGGCCUUACAGUGUUAUUGCCUUCUCUGCCAACAAGAUAACUAUACUUGCACAACGGAUGGGCUCUGCAUUACUUCGAUAACACGGAGCCGAGAGAAAACCAUACCUAACAGCAUGUGCAUCGCAGAAGUUGAUCUGAUUCCUAAGGAUAGGCCAUUUAUUUGUGCCACCUCAACAAGUGAAGGAGUUACAACUGUGCCUUAUUGCUGUGAUCAAGACUUCUGCAAUAAAAUAGAUCUUCCAAUUCCAACACCAGGUCCUAUACCAGGAAAGCUUUCUUCUAAUCUAGGACCAGUGGAACUGGCUGCUGUCAUUGCUGGCCCUGUUUGUUUUGUUUGCAUUUCUCUCAUGUUGGUUCUGUACAUCUGCCAUAAUCGCACAGUCAUCCACCAUCGUGUUCCAAAUGAAGAAGAUCCUUCAAUGGAUCGUCCUUUCAUAUCUGAAGGAACUACUUUAAAAGAUUUAAUUUAUGAUAUGACUACAUCAGGAUCAGGAUCAGGUUUACCAUUACUUGUUCAAAGGACAAUUGCAAGAACAAUUGUAUUACAAGAAAGCAUUGGAAAAGGUCGGUUUGGAGAAGUAUGGCGAGGAAAAUGGAGAGGAGAAGAAGUUGCUGUGAAAAUUUUUUCUUCAAGAGAAGAGCGUUCUUGGUUUCGUGAGGCAGAAAUCUAUCAAACUGUUAUGCUACGCCAUGAAAAUAUUCUUGGGUUUAUAGCUGCAGACAACAAAGAUAAUGGUACGUGGACACAGCUCUGGCUGGUGUCAGAUUACCAUGAGCAUGGUUCUCUCUUUGAUUACUUAAACAGAUAUACAGUCACUGUGGAAGGAAUGAUAAAACUAUCUCUGUCUACUGCCAGCGGACUUGCACAUCUUCACAUGGAGAUUGUUGGCACCCAGGGGAAACCCGCCAUAGCUCACAGAGAUUUGAAAUCAAAAAAUAUAUUGGUAAAGAAAAAUGGAACAUGCUGUAUUGCAGAUUUAGGUUUGGCAGUAAGACAUGAUUCUGCUACAGACACAAUAGAUAUUGCACCGAACCACAGAGUGGGAACAAAAAGGUACAUGGCUCCUGAGGUACUUGAUGAUUCCAUAAAUAUGAAACAUUUUGAGUCUUUCAAAAGAGCCGAUAUAUAUGCAAUGGGAUUAGUAUUUUGGGAGAUAGCUCGCCGAUGUUCCAUUGGUGGAAUUCAUGAAGAUUAUCAGUUGCCAUAUUAUGACUUAGUCCCUUCUGAUCCUUCAGUUGAAGAAAUGAGAAAAGUUGUUUGUGAACAGAAGCUACGACCUAAUAUUCCAAACAGAUGGCAGAGCUGUGAGGCCUUACGAGUAAUGGCCAAAAUUAUGAGAGAAUGUUGGUAUGCCAAUGGUGCAGCAAGGCUAACAGCUUUACGCAUAAAGAAAACAUUAUCGCAGCUUAGUCAACAAGAAGGCAUAAAAAUGUAGUCUUGGAAAUAAUUGUGAAGAAAACUUCUUGAGGUCCACAUCUGCACUUGAUUUGUGCAUAGAGAAACUAAUGGUUCUACCUCACUGAGAGAACAGAAAGAUACUGCUGCCUUUUACACAAUAGGAAGAUCAGUGAAUAGCCCAGGAUUUCAGUAGUGACAUUAAACUGUUGUACAGAUUCAUAUUGUGCACUAUGAACACCUCUUUCCCAGGGCAUUAGUUUAGCUUCAGUAUAAUGUAACUGUUUUUCAAGGGGUAAUGCUCGUCUUUGUUGUAUUGAGAACAUGAAGCUUAUGCUUAAAAUAGCGGAGGUGGUGCACGCCGCACACUACUCACUGCAUUGAAGGAUGCCUUGAACAUUUUAAAAGCUAUUUUCUCUACACAUGAUGGUACACUGUAUAUACUGAACCACAGCUUAUUCUUACUAGAUUGUAUGUUUCUGGCUGCCAAGACUUAAUACGUUUGAAAACUUUCUAUCAGGAUUUGCUGACACGACUUCAUUCAGCUUGGAUGAACAAUAUACACUACAUAUGCAAUUGUAUUUUGUAUUAUAUUUCUCCCAUUUUGCUUUCCCAGCAUUUCUUGUCUUCAAAACACAUUAUACUGUACCAGUUAGUGCCACUUCAGAAACUUCUUAUGCAGUUCACUAGAGACAGGCAAUGACUUUGGUGCUGAUGUUACAUAAUAUGGCUCUUAGCUAAAAGAGAUUUCAUAUUCUUGUAUGAAAUUACUUUCUUUUUACCAAAAACUCUUAGUUCCGUAGAAAGGCAAGUAGAUGGAUUAAUGCAUUAAAUGUGUCAAAAAUGGCACUUAAUUGUAAUUUGUACAGAGUCUUUUAACAUUCUGAUGAAUAAUAUACACUACUAAAAUGUUAAAAUUUUGUUCUCGAAUGCUGUCUAUUGAGGGUGUAGGAUAUUUCUACCUUAUUUGUUCAAAGAAAAUGCUUUGAUAAAAUAUGAGCUAUAUCUGCUUUUUCAAGAAUAGUCCACAUGUAAAAACAUUGUCGGCAUAUGGCGUUGCUGGAUAUAUGCCACAGGUGAAAAAUGUAAGUAAAUUCUAAUGUUCCUGA